UUCUCGAAACAAAGAGAUUUCUAUAAACGAAAAACUCGCACACCAUGCACUCUUACUUUUCCGUCUCAAACUCUCUCACCGGUUAUUCAAUUUCUCAUCCGUCAACUCCUCGUGUCAGACUCCGUCCAACUAUCGCCGCGAUCUCCGACACCGCCACCGUCACUGCCACUUUCAAUUCAAAGCAACAAAAAGCUUCGACGCCGAGCGGUUAUCUUAGCCGUCCAGGAAUGGCAGCCUGCACGUCGUUGUACGAGGUGCUAGGGAUUUCUGUCGGCGCUUCGAGCGAAGAAAUCAAGGCAGCGUACCGCCAAUUGGCGAGGAUUUGUCAUCCAGACGUGGCGGCAAUCGGUCGGAAAGACUCAUCGGCGGACGAAUUCAUGAAGAUCCAUGCAGCCUACAGCACCUUAUCGGAUCCCGAGAAACGAGCCGUAUAUGAUAGUAAGCUUACCUGGAGGAGCCAAAGGCCUUUGACUUCGGAUUCUAGGUUUUCAGGUUAUUCGGGGAGGAGUUGGGAGACCGAUCAGUGCUGGUAAAUGUGUUGACUCACUUCAUCUCGGUACCGAGUUGGAGGUUGAACUCAUCAGCGUGUUUCUCAAUACUAACGGAGAAAAGAAAAAUCAACGAGCGGUGGGUUUUGCUAGAGAAAUCAGAGCCGUUGAAUGAGCUCUGCUCUUUUUUCGCCUUUGUGCUUCGCUGCUGAGUCAUAAACAAGACGGACAAGAUAUGAAUUUCCAUUGUACUUCUUAUUUUGCAGUCACUGAAAUCAA